GUGAGAUCUAGGCAGAAAUUGUCUGCAAACAAAUCAGAUAGUGAGUAAAUAAUAACAAGAUUUUUGCGCACCAGGUAGAAGGGAGAUUGAAUUUUGCGAGUAUUAUGGUUCAAGUAGUCCGCGCUUUAAUACUGUAAAGUUAAGGUGCGUGCCAGUGUAGCCAAUUUUUGAAAUUAAAGUGUGAACAUUAGCGGUUAAAUCAAUCAGUGGUGACAAUAUACUAACCAUACAGAAUGGAGUUGCAACACACUCGUAACCAAUAUGACGUUGAGGGUAACAAAGGACCUUGGUAUGGAUCUAAAACAAGUUGCACAAGCAAUGACGGAAUCAUGUUCCAGUCUACAGAUUUAAUCUUGAAACCCUCAGAAUCUAAGAAAAAAGGAUCUUUAUCAGGUGAUGGAAAAGGUGGAGGAGGACAUGGACAUGGGUUUACAGUGGAACAUCCAACUUCUUACCUUGAAACCCUUAUGCACUUAUUUAAAGGAAAUGUAGGAUCAGGAAUAUUUGCUAUGGGAGACGCUAUAAAAAAUGCAGGAAUAAUUUUUGGACCCAUAGUAGUACUUUGUCUAGGUGUUAUUUGUGUCCACUGCCAACAUUUAUUGCUGCAAGCCGCCAAAACUUUGCGUGAGAGACAUCAAGUGAAAGUUCCUCCGGAUUUUGCAGAAACAGUUGAAUUAUGUUUUGAAAAGGGACCACCCAAAAUGUCGCGGUUAUCUGGGUUCAUGAGAAAAUUAGUCAACUUUUGUUUAUGUACUACACAACUUGGUUUCUGUUGUGUUUAUUUCGUCUUUAUAUCUGACAAUAUUAAGCAGGUGGCAGACUAUCACGGCUAUGUAGCAGACGUUCACGUAAUCAUGGCUAUUAUUUUUGUUCCAAUUUUACUGCCAUGUCUGGUGAGAAAUCUGAAAUAUCUUGCUCCUUUUUCGACGCUUGCCAAUUUCCUGAUGAUGGGAGGUAUAAUUAUCGUUUUGUACUAUUCGACUAGUUCGGACCUUCCUCCGAUAUCAGAAAGGAAGUACAUGGCUGAGUUGAAAACGAUACCGCUAUUUUUCGGGACUGCUGUAUUUGCAUUUGAAGGAAUAGGAUUGGUAUUACCGCUCCAAAACGAAAUGAAGAAUCCUGAAAAUUUCUCUAGACCUUUGGGAGUACUUAAUGUCGGAAUGUCAUUUGUUACAUUUUUGUACGUUACAGUUGGAUUUAUUGGAUAUUUACGAUUUGGAAAUGACAUUUAUGGUAGUAUCACACUCAACUUACCCCAAGAUCAAAUUUUGUAUCAGUCAGUGAAGGUAAUAAUUUCAAUUGGGAUUUUGCUUACAUACUGCCUUCAAUUAUAUAUAGCUGUUGGAAUAAUGUGGCCUGUCGUUCUGGGAAUGUUAGGGGAUAUUAAACACCCCAUUUUUGGAGAACUAUUAUUCCGGACAGGACUAGUUUUAUUUACAUUUAUUAUGGCCGAAGCAAUUCCAUUUUUGGGUCUCUUCAUUUCGUUGGUGGGAUCAGUAAGCAGUACAGCCUUGUGUCUGGUAUUCCCCGCCAUGCUGGAUUUAGUAAUGAAAUUUACCCAUGAAGAACUAACUCCUCUUGUUAUUGUAAAGGAUGUUUUCAUUCUUCUAGUUUCAUUACUAGGUAUGCUUACGGGAGGAUUUGAAAGUAUAAGUUCCAUAAUAAUAGCUUUUGGCAAGUGAUAACUUAAAAUUAGUUUAGAAUUUAAGGUGUAACUUAUGCAACCCGGAAUAUCUACCUCGGCAAGAUUUCUCUUGCGUUAGGUUCUAUAAUGAUAUUUAAAGACCAAUGUAAUGAAAUCUGCUGAAAGAUGCAAUUAGACAUAAAAUUUAUGAAAAAAUAUUCUGUUUAGUAAACAAUUACGAUUAUCCAUGAUUCAAAAAUUUCCAAACCUCAAAAUUUAGUUUAGUGAUAUACCUAACUAACUGUUAUUCUAAAAUAGGUAGGUAUUAAAAAAACUGUCGCUAAUUCUAAAGUUAAUAAGGAUUCUCGACAUCUCAACAAAUUCUUAUUGAUGUAAGGAUUAUAUUUUCACUUUAAAUCUAUUAGGUUUACAAAAAAUUAUAAUUCUAAACAGGGCAGUUUACACUAGUUUUCAAGUAUCUAAUAGUCCAAGACACGAACAUAUAGAUUUUCUUAGAAUUUGUUAUAAUACUAAUUAAUAACAUAAUUUAAAUUGAGGUGAACCAUUGUAAUUAAUUGCAUAAAACUUUUCUCUUUAAGAGAAUAGCACAAAACAAGGACUCUUAAGCGACUAAAUAUAUCCAAAACUCAAUUUAAGAAAACGACAUUGCUUUUUUUAGGGAUUUUCUUUUCUCUCAGUACACUAUUGAAUCUUAGAUUCCUCAAGGUAUAUUGUCUCUGGUACAUCUAGUCUACAUUGUGGAUAAACAUAUUUAAGAAUAACCACAUUACCAUCUUAUCUUAAUCAGAUUAGAACAAUAAGUUAAUGAUAUUUUAGAUAUUUUAGUUAUUAAUUAAAAAAUAUAUGCAUACUCAUUUGUAGGAUUAAAAUUCCUGAUUAUAAUGAUUAUGAUUAAAUCAUAUUUGUUGCAUAGACUCCCUCUAACAUUUUCUUUUGAGACCAUAUUGGAUGAUGGUUUCGUUAGCAUUGUUCAAAAUUUUCAAAAUUUUGCAUACAGCUUCAACCUUUUUUUGAUUAAUUUUAAUGAAUAGUUUCGUUGUGCAAUUUAUUAAUUUAUAACGUAAUCAUGGAAAAACAGUUUAUUUUUGUCAUAAAUUUUGAACCAAUCUAUAAAAUCCACCCUAAGCUAACUGAUAAACAAUAGUAAAUUUAAAUACGCAGAUCUUUAGGUAGAAAAAAUAAAUAUAGUAGAAUGAAUUGUAGAAAAAGGUGCUAUACUAAAAUAAAAGUAUUAUUUUUUGAUCUUUGUAUAUAGUGAUUAGUAAGUAGUUGAAAUCCAUGAACUUAUUUAUAGUAUAAAACAGCCUUACUCUUAGGUAAUAUUUAUUUUUUAUUAUAUUUUAUGUAGAUACCUUUUAAAAGUAUCGCUAUUUUUAAGAAUAUCCUUUUAUAACCCAUUGUAAUUUCGAACAAAUUUUUAAUACAAAAAUAAAUUUAAAUUAAUAGUCCUUUACCAAUUGUUUCUUAAUAGUCUUUGUUAUUUCCUAAAACUCUUGUUUAAAAUACUUCUGUUUACAAUAUUACUCAAUAAAAUUAAAUACUUUUGUUCCUUCAAAGUCAAUUUUGUGAUAAGCAGUAGAAAUGUAUUAUUAGAAUUAUGGCUUGUGUUACCAAUUUUAUUGUGAUUGGCAGUUUUCGAAAGAAAAUUACAAAUAUAAACAUUUUGUUACCAGGAAAACCAUGAAUAUAACUACUAAGUAUAUCUAAGACUAUCAUACCAACCUCAAAAGUUUUUGUCUAUUAAAUUAUGUGGAAUUUAUUUUGAAAAUUGCUGGUUAAAUUGGAACUGUAUUAUUUUGACAUUGUCCAUUUGAUGUUUUUUCUGUUUUGUUUUGAAUAAAGCGUUAUUUUGUUAUUAAAAGUGACGUAUAAGUAUUUCCUGUCUAUGACAGUGUACGAUGUAAUGUACUACUUGUGAUAUCUAGAAUCGUACAAGUUGUUGUCUGGUAGUUUUAUCGUACAUUUUUCAUGAUGUUGACAUGUAAAUUUAUUAGAAUAAAUGAUAUUACAAUAA